UCCCCGCGCCGCUGCCCGGCCCCUGCGGGCUGCGCUCCGCGGGCAGCGGCAUCCCCGGGCGCGCCUCUCCGCGGGGCCCGCGCCUCCGGAGGAACCGUUUGUCAAUACUGUAUACCACUUGAACGUCAAGCUCCAUAAGGACUCCAUGGUCUGUUUAAUACCAACAGAAAUGGCACAUCUCCCACCUUCAUCGCAGAAGUUUUCACUUCCUCACUGGGAGAGCCUGCAUGAAGACCUGUGUGGAUGGAGCUGUAAGAAACAGAAGGUGCAUGCAGCACAGAUGCCAGCCUUCUCCAAGGAAUAACCUCUUCAUCCCCAAGUGACACCAGCUCCUGCUAGUACCAUGGGGCCAGAGGGUGGUUUCUUAGGCAGUGGACAGGUCCACAUCAUCCUGUGGGGAAGUUUGGCAGCCGUGACAACACUCUUGUUCCUCACCUUCCUCAUCUUCCUCUGCUCCAGCUGCAACAGGGAGAAGAAGGCCAAACAUCAGAAUGGAGAUCAUGAAAAUCUGAUGAAUGUGCCUUCCGACAAGGAGGUGUUCAGCCACUCCCUCACAAGUUCAGCUACAGAGCCCCCUCCAAGCAGUGAGCAGAACGGGGCCCUCAGCAAUGGCGAGGUACUCUCAGAGGACAGUACAACUGCCUGCAUCCAACCUUAUGAAGAAGUACAGACGUCUGUCUCUGAUCUGCUAGAUCAACAGGAUAGUCUUGGGAAGUCUGUAAAAUGUCACCAGAGCCGGGAACUACCCAGUAUUCCCCCUAAUACCACCAUGGAAACCAUCAUCUCAGCCAGAAAUGCAGAAAAUUAUCAAGGUCUUGGAAUGGAAGGGCCUUACGAAGUCUUGAAAGACAGCUCCUCUCAGGAGAACAUAGUUGAAGACUGCUUGUAUGAAACUGUGAAGGAAAUAAAAGAUGUUGGAGCAGUAGCCAGCAUGGAAGGGAGCUGUAACAGCAAAUCAAAGGCAUCACUGGCUGUUUCUGAAGGUCAGAAUCAGAUUCCUGAGUGCAGAAUUGAAUCAGCAGAAUAUGCAUCUGUUGACCGGAAUAAAAAAAGUCGCCAAAGUGCUAAUUCAGAAAGCCCUCUUGACAACACACCUGAUGUAGAGGAUGAGCUUCCCCCUCCAGUACCCAUGAAACUUCUUGAUGAAAAUGAGAAUGUGCAAGAAAAAGAAGCACAAGAAGAAGAAGUGACAGAAGGAGCAAGUAAACCAGAGAAGAGGCUUAGUUCGAUAUCUUACAAGUCUCGAGAGGAAGAUCCAUCUCUUACAGAAGAUGAGAUCUCAGCCAUGUACUCGUCGGUGAGUAAGCCGGGACAGGCCAUCAAGGCAGUGGAUUCUACUUACACCUGUAUUCAAGAAAUUGCAUCUCAGAGGUCCCCGUCGAUUUGCAGUGGCCUCUAUGCAAGUGUGAAGGACUUUGAAAACACCCUAAAUACGACCACUGUGCCUCAAUCAGCAGACAGACCAAACGGGGAGCUGGAGCCUGACUAUGAAGCUAUCCAGUCAGUGAGCCAAGAAGAUGACAGGACCUUGUCUGUGCCUAACACCAACCACACUGCUCUUUCAGGAGAGAAUGACUAUGAGAGCAUAGGGGAUUUGCAGCACCACAGGGAUUUCACCAGACUUUAACUAUUCCAGCAGGCAGAUUUAUCCGCUAGUAUUUUCCAAGGAACACGUGAAACAUGGAGAGGGAAGGGCUUCUCCUUUUGAGUAACUAAGUGAAGUAGAGGACAAAAGUUGUGGAGAAGCAGCAUAAGUUUCAGCCAGGGUGUGCUGCCUGCCAUGUUAUUCUGGGUGGUGGUUGGAGGCUCAUGGGAAAGGGUACGUCAGGUCUGAAUGACAACCAGGACAACGUGAAGGCUUCUUUAUUGUUAGCUCCCAGACAACCAGAAUUUGGGAAGGAGUGCCAUGCCUGUCAUCCUGAUAGGAUUACAUACCAAAAAGACUGCCUUUACUCAAAACUAGCUUUUCUUCUGAAGAUAUUAUUAUCUGUCAUUUGCUUCAGAAUGUUUUUCAAGCAUCAUUCAAGUUUGGGCAUCCACAAAGUUGAGCAAAUCAUGGAUCACUGUACCUCAACUCAGACUUACUUUGCAGGGCUGGGGAAGGUGUGCCCACUUCUGUGUCUUUUGGGGAGCUCUGUCCACAUCCAUUGCAGCUGAAGCGCCAGCAGCAGUACUUCACAAGGGACCUACUUCAAAUGUACUUGAAUUAAUUAUGUUGGCUUUUUCUCUUUUUUUACGUCAAGGGCUGUAGAAUAUGACUUGCAAUAUUUGAGACGUGUAUUGGUAUUUGUAGGGGUUUUGCUUAAUUGUUUGUGAAAUACGGCUUUAAAGUGGCACGUGACACCCUUAGCCUUCUUGCUUUGCUGCCUCACGUGCACACAUACACCUACACAAACACACACCAGGCAAUUGUCAUGUUGCAAAAAGUUAUGCAAAUGAAUGCACUGGCGUAAUGUUCAGUCUAACUUUAAUAGUGUUGAAUCUUUUUUUAAAGACUUAUAUAAGAAAAAUUAUGUACUGUGUUGAGUGGAUGAAUCCCAUUUUUGUUUGGGCUUUAUUUAGUUUUCCUUUAAAUAUUUUCCUUUAAUUUUUUUUCCAUGUAUAUGAACAAUUGCCUUUUUUUUUGUCUUCUUGAGCAAGGAUAUGGAACAUGCCUUGCUGGUUUUACAAUCAAAAUAAUGGAGUCUCUGUAAAAGAACACUGCCAAAGGGCAAAAAGAGGCAGAAGAGAUGAUGGGAUUUAGCCUGGGUCCUCCUUGUUCCUCUGGUAAAAGGAGCAAGAGGGCAACCGAGAACUUCUUGGGGCUCUGACAAGGAGUUUGAAAGCCACUGGCUUUUUAAAGAUGCCAAAUAACUCUGUUACUAUUAAAGAAAAAGUACAGUGCUUGGAUGAAAUAAGUAGGUACUGAGUUGAUACUUCUCUUUUCUUCAAGAGUAGUCCAAGAAUAAUCCAAUAGCAGAGAACUGGCAUUGUGUGAAAUGCCUUUGUACACAGUUAUGUGUACAUGUGUGCAUAUAUCCCCAUGUAUAUAAACAUACACAUAUAACUUGGACACAAGUAUAUAUUACAGUUCAAACUUGGUACCAGUCAAAUACAUGCACAUACAUAAUAAUCUGGCAUGUGCUUGAAGAAUAGUCUAUUUUUAAUUCAAAAUAAAAAGUACAUAAACUGCGGUUGGUUUAUUCCAUAGUAGCUGAAAUAGGUUUCGUUUCAGCUCAGUUGGUACUGAGAUUUUUUAUACCAGAUGGAGUCAGUCCUUCUCAGAUCACUGGCCAGCAUUCAACAUCACUUGGUACUGCAAAGAGCAAAACAGAUCUGGUUACAGAGGUUUAUUAGAAAUAAACUCAUGACUGAAAGAAGUGUACUGAUUUAUGGGCUUCGCCUUUAAGUGGUACAGCUCUGAGGAGCAGUGCAAGUGUGUAGUCAAACUCUGCCUGCAGGGUGAUUCAAACUUCAUGGAUCCUGACCUCAUGUGACAGUGCAGCGCAACUGAUCUAUAACUCUCUUCCUUUGAGACCAGUCAUACAUCCAUCUUGUUCUUGACUAUCCUGCCAUGCUUCCACAGCUGCAGCAAACCCUUUGCUUCCACUUUAUUGCAGUGCUUUAUAAAGCUUGUAUCAGUCUUCCUUUCUGGAGCUUUUCCCUCAAAAAGAAUUUCUAUUUCUGUUCCCUUGAAUGUGAAUUCAUGAAGUUCACCUUUGACUCUUUUCUUCUUCUACAUCAGACUCUCUAAGGCCAAAGAUAAGAUGCACCAUGUUUCAGAAGAUCUGUUGUGCUAAGUCUGGAGAAUUUCUGCAGUUUUUAACUAUGUGCUUGCUGUCUGUUCCUUGCUCAGGGGUGCAGGUUUGUAUAUGUCGUACUCAGUCUGACUCCAGCAACUCAGUGGCAGGCAUACCAUUCAUCUCCUGAAGUUCCCAAAUACAUCUCAAGAUGUAGUUAUCCUCUAAGGAUUGUCUUACUCAUUACAUGAUGACUGCAGUCUUUUGGAGAAACAGUAAUAAUGUGAGGUUUUGUCAGGUUCACUAGAUUCAAUUUCAAUACCAGCUUAUGGAUAAGAGGUAAAGCCAGAAUAACACCGAACUCUUGAUGGUAAAAUUUUCAGGUGCACAAGAAGAAAUCAAACAUAACUCUAGAAGUGCCCCCAUCAAGAUCAGCAAGGCAGAGGAUGAAGGGGGGGUGUCAAAUUUCUCUUUGCAGUUUUUCAGAGCAGGAUCAAGAUUGUGAGUUCAGAAUAAGGGACCCAAGACUCAGGUCCUUUCUUCAUUCUUUCCCCUGUUCUGACAGCUGCUCCUUGAGACCCCCAGACUUUUGUUUUCCACAGUAAAAUCCCUCCCCCUCUCUUUUUUUUUUGUUUGUUUCUAUUUUUAACCUUCCUUAUACAGCCUCACACUGGGAGCUCAGAUUUUGGAGUGCUGCUUGCAGGAUGUCUGCCUGCCGUUGAGACCCCUGUACAUUGGACUCUUAAAUGCUGCAAAAAGGAAUUACCCUCUCAGACAAGGACACAGGGGAAUCAGUAACUCCCCUACAAUCUCGCUAAAGAAGAAUGUUUCAGAAUUCACUCCAAGGUUCCUAAGUACAUAAUUACAUCUCUUGACAAAGGCUCAAGCUUCUGUUCUUGUUCCAUCUUCCCAGAAGUCAGAUCUGUUCCUUUAUGGCUGUUGCCAAUGCUUCCUUUUCAGUAAUACAUUGGAUAGAAAUUCUUUUCCAACAUAAUCCCCAAAUAGAUUAAUCUGACUGUAAAGGGAGUCUCUUCCACUUGUUUCUUCAUUUCUAGUUUUUCCCCUUUCACCAUAUUCAUCAGUAAAAUAUCAGCAUCCAAAAUGAUGUAUUUGUUACCUGGUGAUCUUUUCUGGGGAAGCUUCACAGUCUAUAUCUUUGCCUCCAUUUUCUGGCCAACUAUGUAAUAAGAUCUCACAUCAAAUAGCCCCAAUAAGGCCAAGACAAGCUUUAAUGUGUGUAUAAUGUGUGUACACUAGUGAAAAGAUCUGGUUUCAUUUCCUUCUGGUAACUGGUAGAAAUCAGAAAUGGAGUUUGGUUGUCUCUUCCAUGAAUCUGUGUCUCCUAUGGGAGUUAUCCUCACCACAGAGCUAAACCAGUUCUCACUACAUACCUAAACCAGUCACCUCUUUCUACCAUGGUAAAUGCAAAAUUGCUUUCCCAGUCACAGAGGGAAAUAGAUUCUUCACAGAUACUUGUAGCACAAGCAUGUACCUACUUACCAUGGUUAGAUCAGUUACAGUGCCUUUUUUACUGAGUAGCUUGUACUUCCAUACUCUUUUCCAUACCAUGUUUGUUUAACUCAAAAGUUCAAAGGGACAACCCCAACAUCUACUUGUCUAAGUUGGAAACAGCUUUAUGGAGACACAUUAAAAUGUACUGCACUUCAAUCAGUCCUACAAUAGCAAUAGUCUCCCACAAACAUCCUCUAAAAAGCCCAGUAAUGUAGCUACAAUGACUAAGCUUUGCAAUAAGAUUUAUUAGGCUUCUUUUCAAGAACUGAACUUUUCUGACAAUGAGCAUUCAGGGAGGUGGUGGUCUUUAUCCAUGUCAACAGUGAAAAACUAGUUGCUUCCAUUUUUCUACUAUUAUAAAUUGCAGGCUUGCUUAUAUAUAGCAGGAUACAAGAGGUGAGGGAUGAGUAAGUGCAGGGAUUCAUACUCAUGAGUCACCCGGAACUGGACUAUCCCCACCGUAACACUGGCUGAGGACCUUGUGCUCUAAGCCCUUGUCUAUCGUGCCUUCAGGGAAUCCAUCCUGCGGGGAUUCUUCUGGGCUGUGUGCUUCUCCAUGGCUCCUUGAACAGCUCCUGUCUGCUGUCUUGAUCACAAUUCUGUGUAUGCGGUGCUCUCUGUUCAACCUUUCAAUGGUGCUUUUAUAAGAUGCUGGAUAUAUGUUUUCAGUGUGCUUUCUGAAAGCUGACGUGUAAAGCUGUGACAUGGAGUGCUCUCUCUAGUAUUGUCUCCUUCCCAGAACUUUGCAUUAGUUGUGUCACUCUGGCUACAAAAGGCUGGCAGUGCUGCCCUGUCUUGUGUUUAUCCCACACAACCAGAAUGGAGUCGUCACACAUAACAAGCCUAGGUUGGGCCACAGGUGGUUAGAUGCAGCCAUUUGGGCCAAGUGCCUUGGCUUGAAUGCAAUUACAGACAUGACUCUUACCUGUGCAAUGCGGGAUUGGAGACAUCACAGAGCCCACCUCAAGGACUUAUUUCUCUCCUAUUGUGCAUAUGCAUUUGUUUGCAAUAUGACUGUAAGAAAUCUGUUUCUGCAACAAACGUUAAUUUCGGCCACGGUCAAAUGAAGGACUUCUGCUCUUAGGCAUAUGACCAGUUAUUUUAUACUAAUAUUAUUUAUUUUGGUUGAAACAUGCCUGCAUAAGGCUGUUAUGUGCCUCACAAGUAACUUGGUGUGUGAAAUCUACUGCAAAACAGGAGUAAGCACAAAGAUGAUCAGCCCAAAAGGUGCUCCUAUGGUGGUGUGCUGAAGACUUCCAAAGGCAGGUCUCUUCCUGGAAGCAGGGAGCAUAACUGCUGAUAAUAUGACUUCAUACCCUGGUGACAAAGUUGAUUUGUAGCAUCUCUUUUGGGAUUGUCAUGGCUGAAGACAUUGCCAGAGCAGAUCUCAGCCUUAAAAAAAAAAAAUUCCUUGUGAGCUAGCAACAUAGGUUGAGGAUUAUGCUAAACAUAAAUGCUAUGGAUGGAACAUCACAGAGAUAAAAACACAGGUUUCCCAUUCUUGAAGGAGAGAGAACCCCAUUUGGUUGGGUCAGCGUGAAAGAUCCUGGGCUUACAAAAAGUAUUAAACAACAAAAGUAUUAAACAAAUUAAUUGCCUAUGUCAUAAUUUUCCAGGAGUGCAUUAGGGUAUCACAUACACAAGUCACUGUUUGUUUCCUGCAGACAACAGAAAGAUGAAAGCUUAUUUGUAAUACAAGGUUCCCAUUGAUUAAUUGACAAAACUUACUUUACAUGUAAGCCAAAGGUCAGCAAGAGUGUCUCCACAAUGUUGACAUAUAUUUAAGCUGACUCUAAAUGAUCCAGCUCAAGUGUUGUAAGCAGAAUAACUAGAACAAGUUAAUGCUCUAUUUGGUCUGACCUGCUCCCAUAGCUAACUCCAGCAUCCCAAUUUCUGUAGCAAAUGCAUGGAUAUUCUUUGUAUUACAUACCCAUUGCUGUGCCCAGUUUAUAGAUAAAACUUACAGUUCUGCGUUUUCAAACUGUGAGGUUUUGGUUCUGGAGCUCUUCAGUUUCAAGUUGGCCAGAAGGACAGUCACUACAAAUAUGAUAGCAAAGUGCCUAAAAAAUAAAGAUGUUUCUGUAAAGGUAAGGAUGCUCACUGAUACUGCACAGUGACUUGUCUUCUGUAAGUGGGACUCUCUUGCCAUACACAUUCCUAAAUAUUGGUUUUCAUUUGCAAUGUUCAUUUAUUGUUACAACAGCACAAUCUGACAAGGUCUCUGCAAAUUCACUGUCUAAUUUUAAUUAGCAUAUGUUUGUUACAGAGAAGAUAAAUUGAGAUUCUUUGUUCAGUUUAGAGGGCAGCUAUGUUAUUUCUCAUACUUUAUGAUAAUGCAACAAUUUGUUAAGAGUAUUUACAAAGUAUAUAUUACUUGACUUCAGAAGGCUUCAUGUGAGAUGUCAGAAUGCCUCCCCUUCACCACAAGACAAUGUUACCAACUGUUGUCAUUUUAAUUUUGUAAUAUCAAGUAAGAGAUUUUAAACUUUACACAUCUUAUCACUUAAAAAAAAAAAAAAAAGUGAUGAUGUUUUGACUUCCUAAUGUCUACAAAGAGAUUCUCGUAUUUCAACUUUCAGCAAAGGUUGGAUUUGGGCUACCCUCUUAUUUAUGGAACUGCUCCUCCCUGCCAUGUUCACCUGUCACCAUCUGAGUAUCUCUCUUGUCCUUGAUUAAAUAUGGCAGCUGUCCAGAGGGCACAGAAGCUGCAUCAUCUAACACUUGUGAAUGGAACUUUUUAAAUGUGUCCAUGAGAUUUAAGUGCGUGGACUAAGUCAGAUGUUUUCAGGAAAUCACAUCCUGUCCUGCAGACUUCUGCAGAGGUCUUCACUUUCCUUCAGGCAAGUUCUGUAGCUUGCAAGCACUCAACUGAUGCAUUGUAAGAGGUGAACUGGUGCAAUGUUUAAAUAUAUUAGUAAAAAACACUUAAAAGCACAAGAACCUUCUAUCUCAUGUCUGAGGAUGCUGGAAUUUGGUCUUGAUCUCUGAGGCUACUUGAGAAUGAUCAUAACAAGUCUCCUCAGAACAUCCUACCAGCAGACAAGUCAUGAAUGAGAUGUGGAUCACUCUGGCGGUUCCCGAGUUUCCACACGUACCACCUUCAUGAUUUCUAGCAGGGCCUGUCUCUGUUCUGUGGUCAUGACUACUUAGGAAUGGCCCUUUGCUUCCCAGUCCUAACCUCUUUAGCUUAAGAAAGGGGGAUGUGAGCUGGUUCUCCAGUAAUCUCACCAGCCUUUCUAGAUGCGAGUGUGCUAAGCAUCCACCUGCAAACCCAGAAAAGAGCAUUUACUGUCAGAGCAAGACAGAUAUAGCCUACUGCAGCAGCUAGGAAGAGAGAGGUAAAAGGUAAAAUAGCUAAAUUUCAUUUGCAUUUCACCCAUGUCACAGACUACCUGUUCAGAAAUGUUUUUACAGUAAAAGAGGUUACAGUUAAGGGACAAGUUGCCAAGAAUCUCACAGGAGCUGGAUGGAAUAGCUUAUUAUUCUCAUUAUUUUCUAUACUCAGAGAGGCAGGGGAAAGUCCUUUCUGCCCCAGCAUGAUGCAGUUUGCUGAUCUUUUAUUAAGCCUCCAUAUUAACAGGAAUGAAAUUAAUAAAUAAAUUCUAAAUACACAGGUUUUCUUCUAUCAUAGACCCAAAACAGACAAAUGUAGAUGCUCUAAUGUAAGUACUGUGUGCAGAUCUGGACUUGCACAGAUGGUCUUUAGCAAAAACAAACAAACAAAACCCCCCAAAAAGCUGGAUUACUUUAUUUAAAUAGAAGUAUUUGCAUGAGACAAGGGUGCAGGAUUGGACCCUAAGACAGAGCUUAAAAGUUUGGUGCUAGGUAUUUUUGUUUGUAUUUCAGUGAAAUAUAUUUUUUCCUUUUAUGUUAGUGAAUUGAUAUGACUUCUGUAGGAACAACAAAAACAGUCUGGUAUAUGGAUAAUUAUCUCUAAUAGCUAUUACUAAAAUCAUGCCUCAGUAGGAGUGACUUUGAAUUGGGUGCUAUAGGAGCUUCAGCAUAAAAUUGCUAUAUAUAUGGAACAUUGCAUACUUAGAACAUAGUGGAUCAAUAUAUGUAAUUAAAGACACUUAUUUUAUCCAUUGUUUUAUAAUGGAAAAAUAUUACUGGAAUGGUUUUCCAGCAAUGUUGUCUUUACAUAGUGUUCUAGCAACAAACUGUGUUUUAUGGACAACCAUUUGAUUCUUUGGUCACUGAUGCAGAACUGCAAAACAUCCUCAAACUAGUAUGAGCUUCUGAAAAAAGAGGAUUAGAGCUGUCUGUGUCUAGUGUGCAGACAGUUAAAUAUACUAUGUGUUUCGGAUCUGUAGGGAGUGAGAGAAGCUGGAAGAAAUUACUGUAGUGUAUAAACCUGGAGUCAGUGCAUGCAGGCUUUUGAGAUGGCACUAGCUGAGGCUUGUUUGCUACAUGAAGAGUUAUUUGGCUUGCUACCCAUUUGAAAUCAAUAUAGUUUUAUUAACACCACUGCAGACACUGAAGUACUGUAGUUUUGCAGAAUGUAUGUUCCAUAACUCAUGGCUUGGCUGUAAUUGCAGGGCUUAUCCAACUCUUAGAGCAGUUCAGACCCAACACUAAGUUGCAUUUUGUAAAUUGAUAAAUGCCAUUAAAUUCCUCUCACUAUUUUGAAGUAGUAUACACAAGUUGAUGUCAUUUAGUCAUACCAUUAUUCCAAGAAUCUUCAUCUGAUGUUUCUAGCCAAUUCAGCUUUUGGCUGCUGAAAGCACAGUAGGUAAUUAUGGUUAUUUACUGUAAAUACAGACAAGUUUUAUGGAAAAUAUUUCAGGGGAAAAAAAUGCUACAUAAACAUAUGAGGCAAUUGUCUGAAAGUAAGAACAUAGGUCAAUAAUAUAAAAUACAGGUUUUAUUUAUGUACAGUAGUAUCCUAAUAUUUACUUGUUUAUAUGCAGAAAGAAAAUCUUAAGAUUCUGUACUGUAUUCUCUGAAAGCUUUUAAAAGAGGCUCUGCCAUUUUCUUUGGUUAAUAUAUUUGCAAAUAACUUUUGAAUCUAUUGGAAAUCCAUGUAAAUUAUGUCAAAUGGAAAUGUCACAUUGCAAUGAAAUUAGUUUAAUUUUUAAAAAGCCUGGCAAAAUUAAUUGGAUUGAAAUCUAUAUAUAAAUUCAAUAGCCAGACAGAAUAAAACACAAUAAAUAAAUUUUGUCUUUUGUUUUGGUUUUAA